AUGCGCUGGUCAGAGGAUGCAGCAUAUACAGCCUACCUUGCAGACCCACAGUGCGUGCCAACCUCCUUCGCGAUGAUCCUUUUCAAGGCGGGGUCUACGAUGUCAGGCUGCAGCACGGGGCCGAAAAUGCUGUACGCAGUGUGCAAAGUGUCAACGCCCCCUUGUUUUUACACUUUGCUCACUGUGUACUGCAUCGUUGGCCCUAUGCUGCCGCCUGACAUCGUAGCCAACAUUGGAGGCCAACUCAAGGUUAUUGCUGGUGUGCGGAUGGCCAUCAAAGUGUCUUGGGAAACGCAGUUCCGCUGGCGCGACCUUUGGGCAAUGCUUAUGCAUGGGCUUCAGGAUUGGCAAGGCCUUCGUGGCCUUUCAGCACGUCGAUGUGUUCCAUCUCAGUUUCCACGGAACUGUGCUUUCACUUCCUGCAGUGGCGGAAGAAAGUGGUAA